UGGGCAGUCUGAGAGAUCAGGAGAAAGGGGAGAAUCUGAGAGACACAAAAAAGGUGGAGAAAGGCCAAAGGCAGAGGAAAUUAAAUCUGYCCAGGUCUGGGAAAGCUUGGCUUUGCAGGCACCAUGAAAAGCUUUCUUGUCUGGACAGUCCUGGCAGGCCUUGUCCUGGUGCACAUCUCCCAGGCAGUCUAURUUCAGGAUGGAGACUUKAAAUUCCCCCUGGAGUCUGUGAAGAAGCUGAAAGAGCUCAUGGAUGGGAACAGACACAUCAACCCUCGUAUGAAGGUUCCCAUGGCCAGUUAUUCCCCAUGCCAAGAGAAACACCUCCCUGAGGAAUUCUGGCCUGUGUGCAAGAGAGAAGACGCACYCAUGAUUUUUAGGAGGCUGAGCCUGGCUGCUGAGGAUGACCUGUGUGAGAUCUGUGCCAACGCUGCCUGUGCUGGCUGCUUCUGAGUGAAGGUGGAAAAACCCACAGAAGAUGUGUCUGGCUGGGAUGUUUGUGCAUUCCUAUGGCGAGAUAAUGUACUUUUAUCAAUCAAUAUUCCUGGGCUUCAUCUCCCACUCCAGCCAAACUGGAGCUGCCAGCUCAUGGACAUCCCUGCAGUGUUGCAGCACCUGGAUCAGGUGUGACCUGCAGAGCAGUUCUGCCAACAAGGAGGCUUUGACUCCUCUCAGGGAUUUCAAUGCUGUAGGAGUUGGUGACACUGGAAUGGAAAUGCCCUGGGAUUUCAUUUGCUGCUACUUUGCUUGGCUUYGAACAAGCUGGGUGAAACUCAGCAUCUCCUGCAAUCUUUUGAAUAGCCAAUAUUUAAUAUCUAAUAUUUAGUGUCCAAUAAGUCAUAUCUAAUCAUAAAUAUCUGCCUGUGAUUUGUCCUCCCCUACACACAACAUCAUUGGAUUAUCCCCUUUCCUAGCCACUCSUUCCCUUCCACUUGUCUGCAGGUGACACCUCUGAGUUUGUAGCAGAACUGCAACAAGUAACUCGAAAUAAAUUCCUGGUGUUUAGGAACACUUUGACAGCCAGAAAUCAGACUGUUCCUUGUACUGAUCAUUGUUGAUUUAGGGAAUGGGUGUAGAGGAGCACAGGAACACUUCUUCCCUGAUUGRAUAUAAAGGUUCUUUAAACUCUUUUUAGGAGAAAGGAAUUCCAAACUGCAGUGCUGGAAUCACAUUGAAAGCAUUGCCUGUUGUUUUAUUGGCGGCAAGAUUGUGAAGAAAUGAUCUGCCCAUGUGUAUAUGCUGUAUGGAAAAUAAAAAACAGUAAUAAUUUGGAUUUUUUUAUUUGGUUGGUUUGAUUUGGUUUGUUUGUUUGCUGUUGCUGUAGGUAUUGUUUUAGGAUAUUCUUCUUGCCUACUUGCUUUUUUCCCCCAUGUAAGGUGUUUCAUGUUUGUGG